AUGGCUGAAAAGAAGUCCCAAUUGGAUACUGGAGCCUAUGGCCAACUCCUGGCCUUGGCCACAACUGCUCAAGGAGAAAAUGAGACCGAUCGAUCGAUCAAACCAUUAAAUGAAGAUGACAGAAAGUGGCUCGAAGAAGCUUUGACUGAAUUCGCAAAGGAUUCGGAUCCCAUCCGAAAAUUGAAAGCGAGGAUUGCCAAUCUAAAGGAUGUUGAUCUGGAGAAAAACGAUGAGGAAUUGAAAGAAGAAUUGGAUCUGGCUGUAAUCAAUCUGAUCGAUCUGGUCUGUGAUCUUGACCUGGCGCUGGAUUUUUGUAAACUGGGCGGAACUAGGAUUGUUGAGGAUAUUCUGGUAAGAACUUAUGAUGAUUUAUAUAAAAUAUUAUAGAAUAACCUGUUGAAUAUACUAAUUUACUGUUUUCAGCAUAAAAAGAAAGAUGUCUCAUCCAUUUCGAUCCUACCUUUGAUCUCCGAAAUUGCCCAGAAUAAUCCUCCAGUUCAAAAAGAGCUCCUCAAAUCAAACUUCAUUGAUCAUUGCCUGGAUUACUUGAUUCAAACGGAAAAUAAUGUAAGUUUUAACGUGUAGAAACUGAUAUAUGUAAUUACUCUAUUUGUAGACCGGAAAACUGAAGGCAGUCUCGGCGUUAUCGGCCAUGGUCAAAUCUUUUCCUCCAGCUGUUAUGUAAGUUAAAACUCUAACAAUAAGGAUUUUAUUACAGUAAUCGUUAGACAGCAUAACUUUUCACGUUUCAGAAAGUUCGUCCAACUGGAUGGGCACUCCAAAGUGCUAGACACUUUCCAUCAUGCCUCCAACGUCUCUGAUGAUCAUCUACUCCAUCGUUGUGUCAUCGCCUUGGCUAAUAUCGGCCGUUCGGCCGCUCCCGAGCUGAUCUCCCGGCUGAAUAUAAAACCAGAACGAUUCCUUGCUCCAAUCAGAGAACGGUUAAACCAAGAGCCCGAACGUUUCGCCGAGUCCCUUGCUUAUCUCCAGGAGGAUCAACCUCCAGCUAACUGA